CAAAGAGAAGGAAAGCUAGUUUGAAAGAAAAAAAGAACCUCAAUCAAAUGGAUGUCCUUGAAUUUUCUCUUUCUCUAUUGAUUAUAAUUAUCAUGUGUUUCACUUAUUCUACAUGGUGGUACCUUACAAAAAGAUGGUGCAAAAGCUCAGCGCCAACAAAUUGGCCUCUCGUUGGAAUGUUACCGGGGCUUAUUCGAAAUGCUCACCGUGUCCAUGAUUUUGCAACUUCUGUUCUUGUGGAAACUGGGGGCACAUUUGAGUUCUAUGGUCCUGUACUUACCAAUUCCAAUAUGUUAGCUACUAGUGAUCCUGCAAAUAUCCACCAUGUCCUUAGUAAAAAUUUCUCAAACUAUCCAAAGGGUCUUGAAUUCCAAAAAAUAUUCGAUAUUUUAGGAAAUGGAAUCUUCAAUGUUGAUUCCGAAUUAUGGGAAAUUCAUAGGAAGACCACCAUGUCUUUAAUGAGCCAUGCCAAGUUCCAAACUUUGUUAGAGAGGAACAUGUGGGAUACUUUUGAAAAAGGGCUCCAACCAAUUCUUGAUACUUUUGCAGAACAAGGCACACCGUUUGAUUUGCAAGACAUUUUCCAGAGAUUUACUUUUGAUGCUAUUAGCAAAUUAUUACUUGACCAUGAUCCAAAAAGUUUAUCCAUUGGUUUGCCUCAUGUUCCAUGUGAAAAAGCGUUCAAUGAUGCUGUGGAUGCACUUUUGUAUAGACAUAUCUUACCAGAAGGCUGUUGGAAAUUGCAAAGAUGGCUUCAAAUUGGAAAAGAGAAGAAGCUCAUUCAAGCAUGGGAAGCUUUUGAUCGAUUUCUAUAUCCUUGCAUUUCACGUAAGCAAGAAGAGUUGAUGAACAAAAUAAUCAAAGAUGAGGACUUCGACUUAUUUACUGCCUAUAUUAAAGCAUACAAUCUAUGGAAGAAUGGAAGUAAUACGGGUAAUGUACAAGAAUUUUUGAGGGAUACUUUUUUAAAUUUGAUGCUGGCUGGGAGAGACACCACAAGUGCAGCUAUCACUUGGUUUUUUUGGCUCUUAGCUGAAAACCCCUUAGUAGAGACAAGGAUUAGGAAAGAGAUUCAACAACAAUUGCAACUAAAAGAAGAUGAAAACACCAAGCUUUUCAACAUAGAAGAAACACGAAAACUGAUCUAUCUACAUGCUGCUUUGUGUGAAACUCUGAGGCUAUUUCCAUCAGUUUCUUUGGAGCAUAAAGUUUCACUUGAAUCUGACAUCCUUCCAAGUGGUCACCGUGUUAAUCCAAACACGAGAAUUGUGCUAUCAUUCUACACAAUGGGGAGAAUGGAGACUAUAUGGGGAAAAGAUUGCUUAGAAUUCAGGCCAGAACGAUGGAUUUCGGAACAAGGAAAGAUCAAACAUGAGCCAUCUUUUAAAUUUCCAGCAUUUAAUGCUGGACCAAGAACUUGUCUAGGGAAGGAAAUGGCAUUCAUUCAGAUGAAAAUGAUAGCAGCCACCAUCAUACACAGUUACCAUAUCCAACUAGAGGAAGCUCAAACCAUUUCUCCAAGUGCUUCUAUUAUCGUUCAAAUGAAACAUGGUUUGAAAGUUAGACUCGUCAAAAGGGUUCAUCUUGGUCCAAAUAAAAAGACAUGCUAGAUGGUGGAAUCAAUCAACCCUUCCAUUCAUGGAAGGGGUGGUUGAAUCUUAAACCCUUUCAUUCAAUAAAUUCUAACUACUAUAUUCUUUAGAGAAUUCGAAUAAAGUUUUUCUUUUCCUUUA